AUCAGUGCUUCAAAAAAGGAAAAGUCAAGAGAAACGUGCUUCGCAAGCUCACAAUGUCUUCAUUGAAUAUUUUCAUAGGGUUAAUAACUCUUUAUUCUUUGAUAGGGACAUUACAGGCUCUUCCGUGUGCCAAUCCUUUACAAAAGAUGGUCAUCGAUAUCCAACAGCCGUUUACUGAAGGACUGUCGCAUCUCGAAAAUUUGUUCGAUAUGGUAAUGAAUUACGAUGACAAUGAUGGCCACACCACGGAAAAACCAAUCGUCUACGCACCGAUACAGAGAGCUAUUCGAUGGACGUUCGACUCUAUGAGUGACUCGGAGCUUUUGACACAAAAACAUUUGAAACGAUACGAGGCAAAAGUCUUGGCUCUGGCGGAGGAUAUUGCCGACAAAGAGAAACGAAUCGUUAAGGAGAAAGCUGCACUGGAAAGUUUGAAAAUCGAGUUAUCCGAGAGAAAGAAGCAAAUGAAAGUCCUCCGUGAACAAGUUUCGGAUAUUGAAACGAAGCUCAGACAAUCUGAAGAGAGAGCCCAACGGGCCCGAGACGAAGCCUCUAGACGGAAGAAAAAGAGAGUUGGAUGGAUAUUUGCAACCAUUUUUACAUUUGGGUUGGCAUCUCCUGGUCUCGCCAUCAACGAAAGAGAACGACAAAAAGCUGAAAGAGACCGUGAUGCUCAUCAAAGUAACGCCAACGAGCGUCGUCAAACGUUAGUCAAAUUCGAAAGCAAUUUACGUGAUAUUUCUCUCCGCCAACGGGUCACGGAGCAGUCAAUCGUGACGACGGAAGCCAGUCUCACCUCGGUUCGAUUUGUCCUCGAUAAAUUGAAAAGCCAAGACCCGGCCAUGAGAGGAUUUGGUGAUAAAAUUCGAAACAUUACCACCUAUCUAACUGUUUGUCAGGGAAAGGUGGAAGUGAUUUAUUCCCAGCAAAAAUUAUUGGUCCUCUUUGAGCCGCUUCUGAAAUCAAUCGACCAACUUGUCUUGUUCUUGGAAUCUAACGAUGAGACCAUGUCUCUCUUGGCCGAAAAGAAUAUCGUUGAAAAAAUACGGAAAUACAUGAAUUGA